UCCUUCAUCAAAUUAAACCCACCGAUCCUUUACAUUCUCACCUAUACCGGCUAUACAUAUAUAUAUAUAGCCUUAACAAUUAAGUUUCGAAAACAUAAUAUAAUCAUGGCUCAAGUCAUGAAUUUCCUCGUCGUCGCCGUGUUUUGUAUUCUUGCAAUUUCGUGCGAUUGCUUCAAUCCUAAAGUGUUUAAUAUCUCAAAACCCAAAUCUGAAUUAACCUCAGCUGUUUGGUCUGCCGCCAGCGCAACAUGGUACGGGGAUGCCAAUGGUGCAGGAAGCGACGGAGGAGCUUGUGGAUACACAAACAGCGUAGAGGAGUCGCCUCUCUAUUCAAGAAUAUCAGCAGGAGCCUCGGCUCUAUUCAAAAAGGGUGAAGGCUGUGGAGCUUGUUACCAGGUGAAAUGUGUUCCGAGUGAUAAUGCAGCAUGCUCAGGAAAUCCGGUAACGGUUGUUAUCACUGAUGAGUGCCCAUCAGGGGGAGUGUGUGCAACAGACUCCAGCCAUUUUGAUUUGAGUGGCACUGCUUUUGGAGGCCUGGCUUUACCUGGCAAAGCCGAUACUCUUCGAAAUGCUGGAGAACUCAAAAUUCAAUAUCAAAGGUUUGCAUGCGCAUAUCCCAAGGGAGUAGAGCUGAAAUUUGGGGUGGACAGUGGUUCCAACCCCAACUACCUGGCUGUAUUGAUCGAAUACGUGAGUGGAGACGGAGAGCUGAGUGGUGUUCAACUCAAACAAGGCGGUUCUGGGAACAGCAGCAGCACUUGGGCAAGCAUGACGAGAUCAUGGGGUGCUGUCUGGAAGUACGACUGCCCUGCCCCUGGCCUCGUUCCACCAAUCACUCUCAAACUCAUUGAUGCCUCUGGGAAGUAUCUCAUCGCCCCCAAUGUCAUUCCUACUGGUUGGAAAGCUGGACAAACCUAUCGAUCUGCAACUGCUGCUUUUGUAUCACCUUAAAAUAUUAUACUACAUUAAUUAAUUAAUUAAAAUACUCCAUCCUAGCCGGCCAGCCAGCCUACAAGUCAAGCAAUAAUCAUAUCCUUGUAGUAAGGAUAUAUGUAUAAUGUAAUCCUAUUUCGUAUACUGCCAUGAUACAAUUAAUAAUCUGAACUGACGUUG